AUGGCAGCAAGUGAUAAAGAGUCAAUAUGUCCAUACAUACAAAUAGAAGACUCCCAAGUAAAUCAUCUGUAUAUUGAUCCAAGUGAAUUUUCGUUCUUGAAUGUCGAGACGAAGUCUGGGUACUUUACCCAUCGAGAAGUACGAAUAUAUCAAGAUGUCGUAAAAUCUGACAACGUCGUCGUCAAUCUCUCUAAUAUCCAAAUCGAGCUUCGAUUAAACAGGAGUGGAAAAGCGCCAGUUGAUUAUGAAUUCGCAUCAAUAGGAAAUACAAAAUUAUUGAGCUUGAAAAUUAGACCAUGGACAAUGGCAUUCUGGAAAAAAGGUUUCUGGGAACCGAAUCCGUGUGGACGUGCGCGAAUUGAUAUUCACCUCCCUGUCUUCCAAAAAAAUGAUACUAACGCCUCUAGUAUAACUGGUACAGGAAAAACCGAAAACAGGAUCCCGUCAUUUUAUUUUGACGGAUGUAAAGUGAAUGUGAUUCCGCCAUCAUCGAAUUAUAAUCUAAAUGAUGCAAAUAGUUAUCUGGCGCCGUCAAUAAAUCUCACUACGAACAAUGGAGGCAUUCAGUUAUGGGACCCGAUAGUUGAAUCAGCUUUACUAAAAGCUUUAGGAACAGGAGACAUCAAAGGAUACGUUCGAAAAAUUAGUGAUUAUUUGGUGGUGAACGCAACGAAUGGUGAUAUUACAGUCAAUAUUAAUGACGUUUCAAAAGAUCGGUCAUCGUCUAGAAUAGAGCUUUUUUCGAGUACAGGCGAUAUUUUUGCAUAUCUGAAUAAUUCAUUUAUUGGAACAUUCAAUCUAACGGCUGGAUCAGGCGACGUAACCUUUGUAAAUUCAACUGAUAGAUCAUUGAUAGAGUUACGCGGGCCAAAUGUUUCUGCUAUUGGUUUCUUCAAUAAUACAAACCAAACUGUCAAUAACGUUAAUAAAAAUGAUAGUGGUUCUUUCAAUGCAUACGCUGGAAAGAACACAUUGGUUCAUUUUACAAAAGGAGGAUACAUUCCAUUGAAAAAUUCUUCUUGUUCGAACCCUAUUAAAUACUCGGUGCCCUUUGUGUUG